AUGGCCGUCAACAUUCCAGGAGUCAUAGCCAUGUUCUUCUUCUACCUGCUGGUUUUCGGCAUCGGAAUCUGGGCUUACUUCAAGGGCCGGAGCGAAAAGCGCAAACAUACGACCACCUUCCUGGAGAUGUCACUGCUGGCCAAUCGGCACAUUAGCUUGUUGGUGGGAAUCUGCUCCUUGACGGCCACAGUGGUAGGAGGCGGCUUCAUCGUGGGCCUGGCAGAACCCUGGUCUCCUAGCUGUGAGGUCUGCGCACUAAACACUCGACCGCCGUGCAGCCCGGCUAACAACAUAAGAGUAGAACUGUCUUGCAGCAAGCAAACACAUCUCGCAUCAAGACUUGAGUCAAAACUGUGUUGCUCUCGAACAGGCGGCAUCAUGUUUGCUGGCCAGCUCCGUGAAAGACAAUACGUCACCAUGAUGGAUCCUUUCCAGCACAAAUAUGGCAAAGUUCUGACGGGUGCUUUGUGUGUGAUGUCGCUCUUCCUUGAUGUGGUCUGGAUUCCCACCACGCUCAUCGGCCUGGGUGUGACCAUGAGUGUGGUUCUGGACCUUUCUUUCAAUGUUUGCGUUUGGAUCUCAGCGGGGGUGGCCAUCACAUACACACUGCUGGGGGGGCUCUACUCUGUGGCCUACACUGACGUCAUCCAGCUGCUCCUCAUCUUCAUCAGCCUGUGGGUUUGCGUUCCUUUUGCUAUGACGAGUCAACAUGUGGUCAACAUCGGCUCCACACUAAUGAACAACACGCUGCACGCUCCCUGGAUUGGCAGCUGGAAUACCAACAACUUCUGGAUCCUUCUGGAUAAUUUUUUCUUGACGGCGCUGGGCUGUCUGGGGUAUCAGGCCUUCCACCAGAGGACGCUGUCGGCGACGUCUCCUGCGACCGCCAAGCGUCUGUGCAUUAUCACCGCCUUCAUCAUCCCCAUCUUCGGCAUACCUCCCGUCCUUCUGGGGUCGGUGGCGGCGUCCACAGACUGGAACGCGACAUCGUACGGUUCUCCAUCACCGUGGGAGCGGGGGGAGGCGGCGCUGGUCCUGCCCAUGGUGCUGCAACACCUCACCCCCCCUUACAUCUCCAUCCUGGGGAUCGCAUGCGUGGCCGCUGCUGUGAUGUCAUCUGCAGACUCCGCCCUGCUUUCCGCGGCGUCCGUGUUCUCAUCCAACAUCUACAAGAACAUCCUGAGACCGCAGGCCUCUGAGCGAGAGAUCGAACGCGUGAUCCGCCUCACGGUGGUUGCUGUGGGCGUGACCGGGGCGGCACUCACUCGACUGAAAACCAGCGUGAUCCUGUUCUGGUUUGUGGGCUUCCAAUUGUCCUCCAAUGUCAUCUUCCCUCAGCUCGUCUGCGUUGUUUUCUUCCCCAUCACCAACGGUUAUGGCGCCAUCUUGGGCGGCGCGCUGGGAUUCCUGAUUCGGUUGCUGAGCGGUGAGUCCCUGAUCGGCCUUGCGCCUGUCAUCAUCUUCCCGGGAAGCACUCUGGAGGACGGGACUCACGUGCAGCAUUUCCCGGUCAAGACCUUCGCCACGUUGUGCUCCCUCGUUGCUAUCUUGUUCUUCUCCUUUCUGGCGUCUCAUCUUUUCAACAGUGGACUACUUCCUGUCCGCUGGGACGUCUUCCACGUAGCUGCUGAGAUGCAGCGCCGCCAAUCUGCGAACACUGGCACAGACUCGUCUGAGCUGGAGCUGCGAGGUGUGGCCCAGUAUAAUUGCGGAUGAAUGUGUACCUAAUGUACUGGUUCCAUGUGUGCAUAUAAAAUGUUCAACUCCUGCAUUGCCCCGAGACCAGUGUUAUCUUCCUGUGCCCGAAGCCCAGUUGCAAAAUCAACAAAUUCCAAGAUUUAGAAGUGCUAGCGCCUCAUUUCUAAAACUUGCUUAGGCACAAAAACGGGGCUUGAGAGUUGCCUAUGCAACUUCCUAUGCAAAUA